UUUAUUUGGGCGACGGCGCCGUCCUGUCGUGAGGAGGCAGCCAAUGAGAGGCGGCGUCUGGAGCCGGAAGGAACGUCGGGAGCGCGAGAGGCCGGCUCUUAUUUUUUUUUAACCCUUCGCAGGAGGUGACGGUGGCGCGUCGUUUGAGCGUUCCUGGGUUUUUAAGCACGUGCGAAUGGCUGACUCUCUCCGUAUGCUUAGGAUCAGAAGAAAGAUACCGGUGGACUUCAGAAGAUGAACCUCUUGCUCAAUUGUUCAUAUCCGUGUUAACUUGGAAAUAGAAUGCAAGUUCUUGCAGGCUUGGGAGAAUUUCACCUUUUCUGGAUGCAGUUUUAGUCACUGUUGCUAUGGAGAAGAUCAAGGAGCAAUUUUCCGCUCUCCAAAUAGCAAAACGGUCUGCACUGACGAAAGACCCAACUUAUUUAUUGGACAUAGAUGUUUCAAGAGGAGAAGAGAGCAAUUUGGUGGCUGUUUCCUGUUCCAAUAAAUCGAUCAGAGUUUAUAACAGAGAGACAUUAACGCUGCUGCAAGAAUAUAGCAGCCAUCAGGGCUUACUCUAUGGUGUCCGAUUUGCACACACUAGUGAAGCUGUACUCUUUUCGGCCUGCAGUGAUGGAACCGUAAAAUGUUGGGAUACCCGUUCAGCUUCUGUAGAACCAGUACAGCUGUUUUGCGGCUAUCCUUCUAACAUCUUCAUUAGUUUUGAUGUAAGCUGCAACGACCUUAUACUGUGUGCCGGCACAGAAAAAGUGGCAGAAGAUGUAUUCAUAGUGUUCUGGGAUGCCAGAGGUUGCACAAACAAGCCUUCUUCCAGCAAAAAGCCACUGGGUGCCUAUUCAGAGUCCCACAGCGACGAUAUUGUUCAAAUACGUUUUCAUCCCAUCCAACCCAAUCUCCUCGUUUCAGGGUCAACCGAUGGCUUGGUGAAUGUGUUUGAUAUUAACAGGGACAAUGAAGAUGAUGCUUUGCUUUCAACGUGCAACUCUGGCUCGUCCAUAAGUUUCAUCGGGUGGUCUGGAAAAGAAUAUCGGCAGGUCUACUGCAUGACACACGACGAGGGAUUUUGUUGGUGGGAUCUCAACCACUUGGAUAAGGAGGAGCCAAUUACGUUGCUGCAUAUUUCAGAUGCAAGAGACGCCACUGGCGUAGAAAACACCAAACUGGACUACUUAAUUGGCGGCUUGUAUCAUGAAAAGUUGGACAAAUUGAUUGUUGUUGGAGGUUUGACCACAGGAAGCGUCUGUCUCAUGGACUGUGGCACUGAAGGUCUGACAUCAGUGGGAGCCCUUCAUGAUGGCCACUCUGCUACCGUCCGCUCUUUUUACUGGAAUAUGGAAGAUAGCUCUUUGUUGACUGGUGGAGAGGAUGCCCGGCUGUUGCUAUGGAAACCUGGAGCGGUAGAAAAAGCCUUCAAAAAGAAGACAUCUUUGAAAGCUGUGUCCUCUCUUCAUCAAAGAGCUAGAGUUCACCAGGACUAUUUCAAAAGGAAGAAAAAUUGAUCAGUAGAGAAGUGAAUACAAGAGGGACCCUCUUUUACAUGCAUCAGAGUAGAUCUCUGGUCUAGAUGGGCGAGAUAGAAAUCCAAUAAAUAAAUAAAU